AGUGGCUCACACUCCCUGCCCUAUAGCCUCCUCCACCUCUGCAGGUUGUCCACAGUCAGUUCAGCCAACAUGUCCGCAGACUUCUCUAAGAAUGCUAAGGAGAGACCGGAGCCUUUUAAGGCAGAAGUCAAAGGGACCAUUCCCAGCUGGCUGCAGGGCACACUGCUGCGCAACGGUCCAGGGAUGUUUUCUGUGGGGGACACAAGCUAUGACCACUGGUUUGACGGGAUGUCGCUCAUGAACAGCUUCACUUUCAAAGAUGGGGAAGUAAUCCACCGAAGCAGAUUUCUCCAAAGUGACACAUACAAAUCAAACAUGGCUGCAAACAGAAUAGUUGUGUCUGAAAUGGGGACGAUGGCCUAUCCAGACCCAAGCAAAAACUUUAUUGUCAAGGCAAUUACUUUUCUGAAUCACACCGUGCCGGAUUUUACUGACAAUGGCGCCAGCAAUUUCAUUAAAUAUGGAAACGACUACUAUGCCACCUCUGAGACCAACUACAUUCGCAAGAUCGACCCCGUUACCUUGGAAACUCAAGACAAGGUGGACUAUAUGAAAUUCCUGCCAGUGAACUUGGCUUCAUCCCAUCCACACUAUGACAAGGAGGGCAAUGCCUACAACAUUGGAACUUCAAUAGCAGAGAAGGGAAAGACGAAAUACACUCUGUUCAAAGUCCCUGCUGUUUCAGAGAAAAAUAAAGGAAAGAAUGUCCCCGCUCUGAAGAACGUGGAGGUGAUCUGCACGGUUCCCUGCAGGUCCCUGCUCACGCCCAGCUACUACCACAGCUUUGGCAUGACUGACAACUACAUCAUCUUCAUCGAGCAGCCGUUCAAGCUGGACAUCCUUAAGAUGGCCACCGCCUACAUGAGGGGCGUGAACUGGGCAAGCUGCAUGAAGUUCUGUCCUGACGAAAACACCCUGAUCCACCUGAUAAACCGAAAGACUGGCAAACAGGUGGACGUAAAGUACUACACUGGAGCGAUGAUUGUCUAUCACCACGUGAACGCUUAUGAGGAGGACGGCCACGUGGUCUUUGACGUCAUCGCCUACAACGAUGUCAGCCUUUACGACAUGUUUUACUUAAGCAAGCUUAAAGAGGACACUGAUUUCCACAACAAAGGCUACUCCCAACCAAGCUAUAGGAGAUAUGCACUUCCUAUCCAUUGUGACAAGAGUGCUGCGGUCGGGGACGACCUGGUGAAACUCAAAUACACAACAGCCAGCGCUGUUAAGGAGAAGGAAGGCAAACUGACAUGCCAAGCAGAGGUGCUCCUCGAAGGCAUCGAGUUGCCAAGGAUCAAUUACGACUUAAACGGCAAGAAACACCAGUUUGUCUAUGGAAACGUAGUGGAAGAAUCCGUGCUGUCAAAACAGGUUGCAAAGCUCGACACGGUGUCUAAGGAACUGGUUCGCUGGGGAGAAGACAACUGUCUGCCCUCAGAGCCGGUUUUCGUCCCCAGACCAAACGGAGAGUCAGAGGAUGAUGGAGUGGUCCUGUCGUCGGUCAUCAACUGCAACCCCGGCCAGUCUGGUUUCAUCAUCGUACUUGAUGGCAAAACGUUCAAGGAGGUAGCUCGUGCUUAUGUGCAUACCGACCUCCACAAGGAUAUGCACGGACUUUUUAUCCCCGGGGGGAACUGA